AUGUUUCCGAUGGCGUCGUCGUCGCCGCCGCUCUCACUUAUCCUCCUCCGGCCGCUCCCGUGCAGACCCGUCCUCCUCUCGAGGCAAAGGAAACCAUCCCCAACUGUCCGCGUAGAAGCAAGGUCUGAGCAGCGGUUGCAGCGGCGGCCGGUGACCGGCCGGUGGAGGAGGAGCUGGAGGAGGGGCGGAGGCUUCGCGUGUUUCUCCAACAAUGCCAAGAACAAGACGCCCUCGCCUUCAGAUAAGAGUUCGGACGAGUGGGCGAUCGUUCGACGAUGGGAUGUGCCAUGGGAGUGGCAAACCGUUGUGCUCAGCAUGGUAGGCUGUGGAGUAAGCUUUGUUCUGACAGGAUUGGUUGAGCAAUCGGCUUUGCAAUACCUGGGAUUUAAAGCUGUGGAGGCAACUAUAGAUGAGAAGGCAGAAAUACUCUUUUUUGGGCAACUGAGCGUGACAGUAGUAGUGCUUGGCGUUAUAUUUGGCAUCACCAACACUUUUCGACCAUUCCCAGAUGAUGUGUUUCGUUAUGAUAUUAAUGAACCAUUCAAGCUGCAGAAUGGAUGGCUUUUGUGGGCUGGAGUUGGCCUCUUUGGGGCAAUAAUUUCUAUUGCUUUAGCCGGAGCUGCUAUGACUUAUCUGAAUGGUGAAACUCCGGAGAGAGAGACUGAUUCACUAGUCCUUUUGUUGCCCCUGAUUGGCUCAUCCACUACCAGCACUGCAUUUUUGGUGGGAAUCACUGGAGUUCUAGCACCACUCCUCGAGGAGACUCUGUUUCGAGGAUUUCUAAUGGUGUCCUUGACUAAGUGGUUUCCUACUCCAGUUUGUGUACUUGUCAGUGCUGCUGUAUUUGCCCUUGCUCAUCUGACUCCUGGACAAUUUCCACAGCUGUUUAUACUUGGUAAUUCUCUAUAG